GCUAGGCACGCUUCAAUACCUUUGGGACGAAAAUAUUUCAGUAUGGUAAGAAAAUCGACACAUUUUGGCGCACACCCUGCUAAAAAAAACGUGCAUGCUUAAAUUGCAACACGAAAGAUAGGUCUCUCAUCAAACCGGUUUUUCAUUUGACAUGAAAUAAGCACCAAUGUAUAAUUGCUGAAAGAAGAAAGACUGAAAACACCGAGAAGAGUUACCUCCCAUUUUGUAACACGCUGAAUAUACUAAACGGACCUAAAUCCGUGGGCUCAAUUGUAUGGGUGAAUAAAGUUCCACUGUAACGCAUUCCAAUACAACAUGCCAGAGGAGGAAACGAAGGAAAAGACGCCAGAGAAGUCCUCAAGCGAUAAGGAAAAAGAAGGCGACAAUGCCAAGGAAAAGAAGCCUGAGCCAGCUAAAGACACCAGCAAUGCAAAACCCGAACCAUCAAAAGGCAGAGACAACCAAGCUUCUGCAAAAGACAAACCCAGCAGUAGCAGUGCCGCCAAGGAGGGAGAAGAUAAAAAUAAAGACGGCGCCAAACAGGACCCAAAGCAGAAAAGCGACACUGCAAAGCCCGCCGAAAAGACCAGUGAGCCAGGGAAGAGUGGCAGCAAGCAGGCCAUCAAGUCGCCCUCCGCAGCCAAGACGUCUUCCUCGGAGCAGAAGCCGCGGAAACCGAGCAUUGCCGUGAGCAGCACGGACCCCGGCUCCGACAGCCUUGUCAAGUCAGCCAUGCAGAAGGCCCGGCGCGCCUCGAUCCGCGCCAAGGGCCGGGGCUCGUCAGUUUCGCAGAGUCUUCUGGGACAAAAGACGAGUCGGCUCAUCUCGACUGUGGAUAUUGCAUCCACUCUGGAGGCCGACAACGUCUGGGACCUGGCCGUUAAACUGAAACAGGUCAGCACCGAGCUCAGCGACCCGGACGAGGGCCAGCGCGAGACGACGCUCAUCGUUCUCGGCGGCAAGCAGUCGGGAAAGACGACGCUGGUCGGGCAGCUGCUGGGCUCUGAGGAGGCCGCGCGGCGCACGCUCGGGCUCGACUACACGUACGCGCGCCGCGCCGGCCGCGGUAUAGGCCGCGACGUGUGUCAGAUCUGGGAGCUGGGCGGCGGCACCGCCUUCCUACAGCUGCUCGACACGCCCGUGCGCGCUGAGCGGCUCUCCGACACCGCCUGCGUCAUCGUCGUCGACCUGACCCGACCCGAGACGAUCCUGCCCACUGUGGAGGCCAUCACCAAGUACCUCGCCGAGCUGAUCGACAAGAAGCUCAAGGAGGCCGGAACCACGGGCGUGUUGGUGCGGAACCUGCUCAACAGCCAGCUGAACGCGCGCCUGCCGGCCGACCACCCGGACGCCAAGGCCGUCAAGCCGCUGCUCAUUCCUCUGGCGCUGGUCGGCGGCAUGUACGACAAGUUCCAGCCGAUGGACACCACCGAGAAGAAGGUGGUGGCCGAGGCGAUGCGCUGGGCGGCGCACCGGCACUUUGCCACGCUGCUGUACUUCUCCAGCAAGGAGGUGGCUCUGCAGGGCCGCGCCAAGGACCUGCUGACGCACCUGGCCUUCGGAGAGGAGGCCAACCCGCGACAGUCGCUGGAUGUGCAAAAGCCGCUACAGAUCGCCGCCGGCUCCGACACGUUUCGCGCAAUCGGCGGCGGCGGCGACGGCUCGCUGCCCUACGACGUGGUUCUGUCACACGUGAGCGCCAAGUGGCCGCCGCGACCGGAGGCCACCGGGGUGCCUGACGACCCGGCCAAGGACGCGCUGUUCGCCGAGCCAGAGGUGGACAGUCUGCGCGCCGAGAAGGUGAAGGAGCUGGACCGGCUGCGCCAGGACCUGGAGCGGCGCAGGAAGAUGGCACUGGAGCGCGCCGCCGCCGAGAAGGCCAAGAGCAAGGCGCCGGCGGCCGUUUCGAAGCAGGCGGCGCAACAGGCGGCCGCCGAGUUCCUCGAGAGGCACCACAGUAGCAUGGGAGAGGCGAAGAAGGAGGAAAAGGCGGCCACCAAACCCGAGGCGAAAAAGCCCGAAGCCAAGGCUGAUUCUAAGCCGGUCACGAAGGCAGAGGGAAAGGAUGGAGGUAAGGCUGCUGCCAAACCCGCGGCUAAGGACGAGGCCAAAACAGCUGCCAAGGCGGACACGAAGCCUGACGCAAAACCAGCGGCGAAGGCAGAGGAAAAGAAGGAAACGAAAUCAGAAACGAAGCCCGAAGGAAAGGCACCAGCUGGUAAGGCGGAUCCCAAGGCAGACGCCAAAGCAGAUCCUAAACCAGCAGCCAAAUCCGAGGCAAAGUCUGAUUCCAAACCAGAUGCAAAACCUGAUGCUAAGCCCGCGACCAAAGCAGAGCCCAAGACUGAGGCAAAGCCCGCCUCAAAACCAGAACAAAAAUCAGAUGCCAAGCCUACCGCGAAAAAGUGACAGCUCCUCCUGUCGAUGAACAUGUAUAAUGUAUAUCCUGUGAUCCAAUCAUCGUUGGAUGCACGGAAAUGCC